GCUAUAACAUAUGUGGUUAGCUGAUAAGUCAAAUACCUAUCCAGGCGUUGUAAGAUCUGGCAGGCGUCAGCAACGCCUGGGCAGAGGAAUGCGCUGAUUGUAGGCAGAGAGAGCGGUAGGUAGGCCUAUUCGUCAUCCGGCCGGCGAUGAAUCAGCAUUGUGACUGUAAGUACGGUGGGGGGAAGGGAGUAGUAACUUUAGCUGGGUGGAACUUCCACAGGAGGGAGGCAUGUUUGUUUGUGCUAUCUGGGGUCCUUGGGACAUCUCUACCCUAAACCAUAACCCAACCCACGAUGGCCAGUUUACAUUUCAAUGGGAUGAUGCCAGAGUUGGACGUCACAAGGAUCCGCUAUAGCAAGUACCAUGUUGGUUUGAUCGAAUGUCGGUAUUUGUAUGCGUCAGACACAGUGUAUGUUAUUCACCAUUCUGCCACUGCCAAUGUAACGGGCCUGGAGGAUGGCAUGCUGGGAUUCUUUUUUUUACUUUACAAGACAACAACUGAAGAUACUAGGUUUAAUAUAUGUGAGUGUAGGCCAUCAUUUGUAAGUAAGAAUUUGUUCUUAACUGACUUGCCUAGUUAAAUAAAAUAAAAAGUGUAAUUUACAUCCACUUGUGUAGAGGUAAAAUUAUCAUCUGGGGCCAGAAGACCAUUUGCUUAUUGUUGACAUGUUUCAGAAUUUUCAUUCUAUAACUACUACAGUAUAAGGUUGAUUUCAAACUAAUGGUUAUAAUUUUAUUUUUUUAAAUCGCGAUACAGGCAAUCAUUUUUCAAGCCCAUCAAUCCUUUAUGGCCUUCUUGGAGUUUAAUGUCACUGUCAAAGCAAACACAGGAAACUCUGCUGUCCUAUUUUAGAAGGAACGUUUUCGCUUUAAGAAAAACACAGUUUGUUACAAAUUCCAAUCCACUGCAGGCAAUUUGAAAAUCAUUCAUGAUAAUCAUGUUUUUGUUGUGAUUUGCCAUAAAGGAGGUAGCUGGGAGUUUACUUACCAUGAUAAAUGCUCAUCAUUUGCAGACUUCACCAUUUCAGAAGUGUGGCAAAAAUAGGGUCAUAUGUGUCGGGUAGGCUGAUCUCCCAUGCCUUCAUCUCAACUGUGACUGACCCCUCUCCCUCAAUGUGUUAUUCUUAUAGUUAUCCUUAUAGCGAACAAGAUGUUCUCCUGUGAUCUUUGUGACUAUCAAACAAAUCAGCUCCAUCUGCAUAGAAAUUCUACCCUUCAAUAUGAUUUUUUUUUUUUGCAUUUACGUAUGUGAUUCUUUGUUUUUGCCUGCAACUAACAUUUUGUUGGUUUGGUCUACAAAACGAUGCAUAAUGCCCCUUGUCCUUCCAUCGUCCUGAAGCUCGAGCAACCUUCAGGUUCUCACCCAAUGCAAUGUGACACAAACAAUUUGCAUUGAGGAGGUAAAAGCGGGCAUUAUUAUUCGUAGCUGCUCAUAGCCUUUUACAGUUCCUCAGCACCUGGUCCCAGUAGCCGAGUUCUAGUGUAUCACCCCUCCCCCCUUCUGCACACACACAAGUCACCCAGUGACUUUGGAUGUAAUGUGCAUUGACGUGCUGGUGAUUAUCAUGUGUUCUCCCUGCUCUAGCUGGAUGUUUGUCACUUUUAGGCUCCCGCAGCCCUGGUUGGCAGGCCGCCGUGGCUGGAGGCAAGUGUCCAACACUCGUCUCAGUACUGGAUGUAUGUACAAAGUGCUGUUUAGCCAUUAGCCAUUUUCGGUGUGUGUGUCUGCCAUUUUAUCUUUACUCAGCUGAAUUUUUUGGGUUAAUAUUACAAAAUGCUUGCAUCGGGAGUGGGAUCUCUUUUUCUGUUUAAGGCACUAUGUUAGAAUUGAUAAAGGUCCACUUUCCACUUCUUCAUGUUUCGCUUUUCUUGCAAAUGGCUCCAGCAAGUCUGUGUUCAUAUUUGUUUUAGGGAUAUGUACUUAUGAUAAUGAUUUACAAAAACUGACAUUGGUCGGAAUAUGCUCUUGAUACGUUAACUAAGAAGUUUUUUUUAUCAUCCUGGUUUGAAGUUGAUGUCACUCUGUUUUGUCUGUAAACAGAAAUAUAAUUUUGAAUCCCUUUGUCUUAACAGGCAUUUACUAAAAUGUCAUAUUGGAAGAUGUGCUCAAUGGAUGUUGGAUAAUCAACAAAGAUCCUAUCACUUCAGACGAAUGCCUUACUGGCAUUGUUCCUCUUUCUUUCUCUCUACUGUAGCACACAAACAAGCUUUGAGUUUGCUUCCCGUUUCAAGACUGGAGAGCUAGAGUGUGCUCCAAUCCCAAGAAUUAUGGUAGCAAACUGUACCAUCUUAUCAGUGUGGCGAUCUAAGUUGGAUGUUCCACUCAGCAGGCACCUUGCAGGUCUGUCUGAAAAGACCUGAAAGGGAGUUAAGAACAGAAGCAGUUUUUCAGUAACAUGCGGAAGCAAUGAGAAAAAGAGGAAGCCGUCCCAUAUAUAUGCCUGUGCGUCGCCGUAGGAAAGGGCCAACAUGUACUCCAAGGGCACCAAACGCAAGUUCUCUGAUGGUGUGGACAACAAGGCGGUGGCAGCAUCCUAUAGCCUGCAGCGCCAGUCCCUGCUGGACAUGUCCCUGCUCAAGCUGCAGCUGUGCCACAUGCUAGCGGAGCCCAACCUGUGUCGCUCGGUGCUCAUCGCCAACACGGUGCGCCAGAUCCAGGAGGAGAUGGCCCACGACGGCAGCUGGCAGGUGGUCACAGAGGCCUUAGGUGGCUCUGGCCAUGGCCCAUCUGACCGCUUGGUGGACACCGAGGUUCUGUGCCAGUCGCCGGAGCAGCAGGACAGUGGGCCUAAGCUCUACUCAGUGAUGGGCUACGACGGCUGCCGUGAGGAGGAAGUGGUGACGGACAAGGCACUGUGUUCUGUGGUUGUUGGCGACAGGUCCCCGGCCUUCCUGUUGGGGACCAUUGGCCACUGCUGGGACAGGGGGGAACUGAGAGUGGAGGAUGGGGUCAGCAAAGACUCAGGUACGGGGGACGAGGAGGGGACGAGGUCUGGGGAGGGGGCUAAAUUGGCAACGGGGCAGGUGUUUGGGACGUUCGAGAUCAAGAACGGUGCCCCCGGGUCAGACCCGGCACUAGAGGAGCUGUUCUCUGACGUUGAUGCCUCGUAUUAUGACUUGGACACCACGCUGACAGGCAUGCAGAGUGCCCCCAAGAUGGGGCCUUACGACUUUCUGGACAGCUUGGCCUCCUCACACGGCCCUGUGUCCAACUCCAGCUGUAGAGCCGAUCUCAAUGAACUUGACCACAUUAUGGAGAUCAUUGUGGGCUCAUAGCUUACAGACUUAAAACUCGAAUACUGUUUCAUUGAUCUUGUGCCACUGCCUUUUUGUCUUGUAUGUGCAAACAUACAGUAUUUACACACUUUCCUCUGUAUGGAAACUGAGUGAAAUCCAUCUCCGUGCAAUGAAAUGUUCAUCUGAAAAGGUUCACGCUUUCUCAAGUUCACCAUCCUUUUUCUUAUGUAUACUUUCUUUAUGUUUGUAUUUGAGUGUGUUCUCUCUUCUGUUUUUUUAAUGUAGUUUCUGGUUUAAUUUAUUGUACUUAUUACACUACAUCAAUUCAGAGCAGCACAACAUAUUUACAUGAACUAUACAUAUUUUCUUUAAAAAGAUAUAUAAUAUUGUUAAAACGUUUCUGUAUAAAUAUACACACAUAUUUUUUUACUUGAGAGACAGUCUGGGAAUUGUUCCAGACUGUCUGUCUGUCUUUUUUUUCUAUAUUUCUAAAUACACAACAAUUGCACAAAAGCUCAGUGUGAUUGGGACUGAUUUACCUGUUGUCUUCCAAAGGUUUAACUUUGGUUGUGUCUUUGAGCUACAAGAGUAAAGAUGCAUUGUCGAAAACAUGAAUUGCAUUCAGUAUGCUCACAAUGUGAUGCACCCUUGUCUUGGUCUAUGGUUUGGUGCUACAGUAUAUGCACCGUGUACAGUAUUCCUUAUAAACACAUUGCCUUCUUGAGCCAUACAGUUCGUUCUUGCACCACGGCUAGCUUAACCUCAGCCUAGCAUGUGGUGCCAUUUGUUUGCUAUUAGAAAUAACGUACGUUCUUAUAUUUGUCUCAUUACAAAUGAAGAAUUGUAAUGGGUAUAUUUCUCAUUUUAUGUUAUGACUUUUAGCCUAUUUUAUUUAUUAAGUGCAAACAUAUGGUGGUGUUAAACCUUGGUAAUACUUAAGGUUGUAGAAGCUUUUCAGCUUUCUGACAUGAAUUGAUAUUUUGGAAUCAUAAUGAGUUUCCGGACUUUCAUGCAUACUUUUAGUGAAGUAAUUACUUUCUUAUUCAAAACAAACUGAGAACAUGUAAAGAAUUGUGCUAUUCAGCUGACCUAUUCCAACAAAAUAAUGUCUUUUUUUUAUCGCGUUCAAAGCCUGCACUCAGGCACAAGAUAAUAUUGUGAGUAAACAACUGAUUGCUGAUUAAACAGACAUGUGGGAGAUCUCACAUUUCUUUUUUAUAAAUAAGUACUGUACAUUUGACAUUUGUGACCAUGAGCUAGAGUAAAUUUAGCUUUUUUUUUAUACAAGUAAACUGUAGCAGUUUUUACAAUUUUUAAUAAAGGUUAGAACAUUAUCGUAA